ACGGCUUUAUACGAUGACGUCAUCAAGGCUGAGCUAGCAAAGCUCUGGCUGUGACGGCGCUGGCUGGGAUCGAGAGGACGAGAGCGAACAGACCUGCCCUGUACCUCUUGAUAAGUGAAGCUGCAACUCUAAAUCUAGAGGAGGUGAUACUAGCGUGAAACGCGACCUUGGAUACGGAAUACAACCUAGACGCAACCAUCAAGCACAGUAGUGGAAUGGAUCAGGAGCAAUUAAACGUGGCUCCAUUAACCAGACGGUCACGACACCUGUCAAGGGCCAAUGUGAUGAGCGAACUCCAUCGUCUCUGUCGAAACGGGGACUUGUCGGCCAUCAAGAGCUACCUGAACGAGGCCAUCAUGUCCAACGUGAUAAACCAGGUGGCCGGGGAGAACGGUUGUACGCCGCUGCACGAAGCAGCUAUGGCCGGACGAGACGAUGUAGUUAGACUUCUCAAGGAGGAGUGCCAGGAAUCCAUCGAUAUGGACGCCAGGUCCCAGCAUGGUCCGGCGUCCACCGCACUCCACCUCGCAGCAGAGAGGGGCCACGUAGAUGUCGUGGCGGCCCUAAUCAACUGCGGAGCGACGGUUGGGGCCGUGGAUCGACGGUGGAGAACUGCAAGGGACGUGGCCGAGGAAAACGGGAAGCGACAGGUUUUCCGAGUCAUCACUCUCACUGAAAUGCAGAAAGCAGCAAGAGAAGGAAAUCUAGAUAAGCUCACAGAGGUCCUCUCCCAACUCACCGAGACAAGCCAACUCACCGACAGCGUCAAAACAAUACAGCAGGAGACACUCAAUGCCUCACUAGUUGAGGCCAGCAUAACGGGUAACUAUAAGAUAGUCCUGCUACUGGUAGAUGCGGGGGCAAACAGCUUUGCCGAGUGCAUCGAGAAAGGUCCCCGGCUGAAUCACAUCAUGGCCUACCUCCGUCUCUGCCAAGCUGCCCACGAAGACGACAGGAGGACCAUCCAGCUCUUGCUCGAACACGACGAAGACGAGAUCAUGAACAGCUCGCUCUUUCCCGAGAUUGCCAAGUACCGGCAGGUCAUGAUGCCUCUCCUGGACAACGGUAAGCUGUCGGUUGCUACACCCAUCAGGGUUGCUCUAAAGGCCAACAACGUCCUCGCAGCUGGAAAUAUUCUCCUGCGAUUUUCCAAGCACCCCAGCUCGGGCAUCGUUGAUUGGCACGGCCUGGAUCUGGAAUCAAUUCCCGGUGCCUGGAUACGAGCAAUAGAGUACCCCAACCUCAACUUCAUCUCCUUCUCGUUCAACAAGCUAAAGCAGAUCCCGACGGAGCUAACGCAGUUCAAGAACCUGAUGAAGCUCCAGGUGGAGUCGAAUCAGCUCACUUUCGUCCCGUCAGAAAUCCUGGAGCUUCCGUGUCUAGAGGACCUUGACCUCUCUUUCAACUCCAUCUCGUCCCUCCCAGAAGCCCUCCUGGGAAAGCUCUCCCUGGUUCUGACAGACAUCAAUCUCUCCCACAAUAAACUCUCUAGUCUCCCGGCCUACUUUGAGUCGGGGUCCAUCCGCCAUCUGGACAUCAGCCACUGUCUCUUCUCCACAGUCCCAGAGUGUGUAUGUGCCAUGCCCCAGCUCCAGUCCCUCAACCUGAGCCACAAUAUCGAGAUCAGUCACAUUCCCUACGGCAUCGGUGACCUGCGGUACAUGCAGGCCCUAACUCUGGAAGGACUUCCCUACCUCCUAAACCUUCCGCCACGCCAGGAGUGCCAGCCGCUCAAUUUCCUCCGAAAGCGCUUCGAGUCGAUGCAGACAAUCCCUCAUUUCGAGCUGCAGAUCGUGGGGUCACCCAUCAGCGAAAAAGUCGUCGACCAACUCCGACUUAUAUUCUCCGGCUCAAAACUCCCCUGUAGCAUCUUGCACUACUUGAGCUCGGUCCAGUUUUUGUACCUCCAUAAUGUGUUUCGCCUGGAGAACACCGCCUACCUGGUUGUGUGGGACUGCCACAAUAAGCAGCACCCAAACGCCUUCUACAGAGUGUUGCGUCACCUCUCCAUCGUCAAUCCUAGUAGCCCAGUGGUGGUGGCUGCCUGUUGGAAGAGCAAUGUCACUCCCGAGAUGGAAAAAGCUGUGCAGGAGACAAUUUCACAGAGUCUCUGGAAAGACCUCAGCGGCCGAGUCCACGUUCGUCAUCUUUUACUGGACUCUGACGAAGAGAGCAACCCCCACUCGAUUCCGCAGUUUGUUGCAUUUGUAGAGCGAGUGAGCAAGAAAGUCGAGAGCACUUACUUUGUUCCUCGUAGCUACUACGAGUGCACCAAGUACCUGCCGAAGGUGGCCGAGGAGCGGCUAAACACAGAGCUGAAGCCACCCAUGAUGAAACAGUACGACUUCUUCAGCCUCAUCUGCAGCAUGCCCACAAACGACAUCAGCAGUAACAAGGAGCUCCCCGAGCUGGUGAGCUUUCUGGAGAAGAUCGGUAUCGUUCUCAACAUCCCCAGCAAUCAGAUGAGAAAGCAGAGUCUUUUCCUCAUAGACAGGCAGUGGUUUUGCGAUGUACUCAGUCACGCGGUGUCCCACACCAGCGACACUAUGGGCUACAGGAACUACACUGGGAUUGUGCGACAGGAGGGUCUCAUUGACCUCCUGGACUGCCCCACACUCACCGAGAAAGAGGUCCCAGAUGCACUCCGUGGAUUUGUCAACCACCACAGCAUAGCCAUUGCCUUCAGCAGUACCCAGUGGCUCGUCCCCAGCAUGCUGGACGCAAAGCCAGACGCCACCGUCCCCUCCUUCUUCUCCCAAUUUGGCAUCAGGAAGCAGUACACGUUUGCACUCACCCCGAUAACCUUCUGGGGACGUCUCAUCACUCAUCUUGUCAUCAACCUCGAGAACUACCCCCGAGAGGCAGCCCUCGAAACGGGAUCGGGGCAGCCGCCGGUCUUAGACUGGUCGUACUGGGCCACUGGCAUGAUUUGCUCACAGAACGGCACGGACCUCCUGUUUUGCAUCGAAGCUAUCAAAGCCAGUACGGAGCCGUUCAUGGAGGGAUUGGAGAUCCGUGCUCCCAACACACCCAAGGGAUCGCACAUUAUGCAGACGCUCACCUUCACCAUCGAGAGCCUCUUGCGAAACUGGUACCCCACUCUCUGGAGGACCGUGGAGAUCUGGAUCCCCUGCAGCUACUGCAUCCACCACAGGACCCCCGAGAUACCGUCCGUGUCGUUCAAUGAUGCUCUCCAGGCCGUGUCAAAGGGUGUCGGGGUCAAAUGCACCAACCACCCGGAGAAAGUCGUCUCCAUUGCGAAACUGAUCCCGGAUCUCUUUCAGCACAAGGUGAGCAAAGAUUUCUUCAUCCCGCCGGGGAAAGUGGUGUUCAACCCUAGUGACAAGUCCACGUGCCUCAGCCCUCUUAACUCCGAGACGGUCUUCAAGGGAAAGUUUAACGGGUCUCUUGUCGCUGUCAAAGUGUACCCUCACCCGGUCCCCAAUAAAGCCAAUACAAAUACCGACGCCUCGUCGUCCAAAACGUUGGCGCUAAUGGAGAUGUGGCAGGAAUACCAGGCCAUUCAGACGGUACAAUCCAGCGGGUGUCCCUUCCUCGUGAACCUACUGGGGGUAUGCGAGAGUCCUCUCUGCUUGGUCUUCCCCUUUGCACGGUGGAGCUCUUUGGAAGACGUGCUCCAGGACAAGGAGAUAUACAUCCAGCUCUUGGUGCGUGUCCGCAUGGUCCACCAGCUGGCCUCGGCACUGCUUGCCAUCCACUCCCAGCACAUGAUCCAUCGCCACGUGUGUCUAGCCAACAUCCUGGUCAACUCACUGUCUCCCAACGAGGCAGUCAACAUCAAGCUGGCCGGUUUCUCCGAAGCCUGCCACACCAUGUUCCAGGGAGUCAGCAAGGGGUACCACGGGACUUUCCCUGCACCGGAAAUGUCAGAGGAGGUCAGCCAAGACUACGAUGAGAGAGUCGACAUAUUUGCGUUUGCUUUCGUGUCCUACGAAAUCAUCACGAGGCACAGGAUUCACGUCAACUCGCGAGUGUCCCUUUUGAAGGUUCUGUUUCAUCCGGUGAGGCCAAGCCUGGCUCCAAUCAUGACCCGCCUCCCGUACUUUGCCGGGGUAAUCAGCCGGUGUUGGAACGCGGACCUGACGGUGCGACCAUUUGCCAGCGACGUCGCCCAGUUCUUUAAAGAUCCGGUCGGCGUGCUGACAAGGGCUUGCCGCUGCAUCAGCAAGAAACACAGUUUUUUCACCGGUGCUGCAAACUUUGUGCGGACGACGCACGGAAUCAACUCGGACGUCUUUCUCUGCAGCGGUGCACUGGAGGGAGGCGAAGAGGCAACUCUUUUCCACUUCUCCAUACCCGGCUUGACGCUCCACCGAACUGCAAGGGUUCCAUCUGUCCUCAUUAUCUGCAUGUGCUGCAUCGGGAACCAGCUGUGGGUGAGCAUCUAUGGGAAGAAAGUACUCGUCUAUUCAACUGCCGACCUCAAGUACAAGAGCGAGUUUGUCUUCAAGCAGCACGUGGUUGCAAUGGCUGUUAGCCCCACGCAGGUGUACCUGGGCCUUGACAACGGCGUGUUACAGGUCUACAAUGUUUCCAGUGACGUCGUCCCGGCAGAGCCCUUCCUGACAAAGAUUGUUUCCCAGGGACAAGAUUUCAAGGUCAUCGAAGCUCUAGAGGACUGCGUGGUGUGUGCCACAAAGGACACAAUCUACAAACUCCAUCCCGACCUCCUUUACACCGAGACAAAGUGGCCCAUCGCAUCCGACGUCGAGAUUCGAAACCUGGCAAUGACGCAAUUCACCGACGACGACGAUACCAUAUGGAUCUCUUUCAGACGACUCGACAGAGUCGAGGUGAGAAAGGCGGACUCGGGCACUUAUCAGUUCACCAUCGAGUGCUCUAGAGUCCUGGAGAUGAAGAGCGAGGACGUUUGGGUGGUCACGAUGCGUGUGGUCGUGGACACGGUGUGGAUAGGACUCAACACUGGCCACGUACUGAUAUUCAGUACCAUCACAGGUACCUCAAAGUCUGCACCGCAGCAACCCCAGCUGCUAACACACUUCAAGCUGCAUGAAGGAGAAGUCCGGCAGUUGUUACUGCUCCAUCCUUCGUACAUGGGGCCGUCGUCCAUUGAAAGGGAUGGAGAGCAACUCCUUAGUAGCAUGACAGGCGUCCAGACCCCUUACGAUGAGCGGGUGUACGUUUUGAGCUGUGGCGAAGGUCUUGUCAAGCAACUGCCGACGCUGAGUCACACCGGUACAAUUGUGGGGGAAGACCACCACUCUGCAGCGAAAGGUCCCCCCGAGCCUAACAGAGAGGAUCUGUAUGCAGUCAUGCUGGAGGGUAUGUGCGAGAGCAGAGUCAGUGACAUGGAGAGCAAGUGCGAGCGGCCGUUUUUUGCAUACAUGCGACCGCAAGAGUCUUCCUACUACACGGUACCUGCCAGAGAGUAUGCCGAUGUUUAUACGAAUCCAGCGUUCCGUACAAAUACCUGGUCGGCAGCUUCCGUCCUCUCUCCCAUUGAGAGCAAAAUGAAGAAACUGCACUCUCGCGACGAAGACUCAGAGAUAUACGAGAGCAUUAGACACUGGAGCAUUUCAAAGGUGAGACAACCGAAACCCGUAGGAAGCCCAGAACCACCACCUCAAGAGUUGACUGACUCUCCGCCCAAGUUGCCGCCUCGCAAUCCAGUUUCUCGUCCCCUCACUUCUUCUCCGAUUCUGUCUGCCAAACGUCUGCCGGUGAUAAUAGAGCGAGAGAGAGAGAAUAGCGUUGGAGCCUCUCACAGUAGCACUGAGCUGAGUGGGAGCUCCACCCUGCCUCCUGGGGCCAAGAACUCGCUCUCAGUUCAAGGUGACAUUCCCUCGAGGGACAAGUUACGAUCGGCUACGAUCCCCAACAGAGCUGGGCUGGUGAAUUCCCCUUCUCCCAGUGACAAAAUGGACGAUUCGUGUGAAGACAGUAUGUACGAUCCCUACGUGUCGAUGGUGAGCGUGAUGCAGGCGAGAGCCCAUUCAGUCGCUCUGCCGGCAAGAGCAACUAGUUCACCUAAAUCUCUGCGACCAUCGUCUAAGCAAAAUCCUCCACCGGUGCCCCCAAAACCUAAACCAAACAAAAGCUUGCCCCCAAGGCCACCUCCCAGGGAUUCUAAAGACCUGCAUUCAUGAGGGUUUUUACAUGGGCAAUCUCUCUACCAUCUACAUACAUACACACAUACAUACAUACCCAUAUGUAAACAUCUCUGGCUUUGUAUCUCAACAUUUUUCCACCUGUCUGCGCCUGUUCUCAGCUGUAUUUUUUAAACAAAUUAUACAGGGCUUAUCUGUAAUGUAAACAGUUUGUUUACCUAUUCUAUAGCGUAGCGCUGCAUUUUUCACUUUGAUAAGUGGA